UUCUAUUUUCAAGGGAAAAUUUUCUUUACCAAGCCGAAAAUUCUCUCGCAUUUUGGAAAGACAAUCGACGAUGACCAACAGCAAGGUCAGAAAGUGGCUCCGAGGGGACCCCCGUCAUGGUCCAACAGUCAUUCCUCCAUUCACAAACCUCACCCGGUCCACAGCAACGCAUGGCAACAAGCCACAAGGUCCUCAAAUCAUAUGCAUGCCCAUACAGUAACUUUUGCAUCUACCUCCUAUAAUCAAACAACGAAGCGCAAAACAACGACGCUGAAAUCUCACGUGACCACCUCGUUUUCGGAGUGGAAAAGGAACUGGGAAAUAGAGCAUGCUUCUGUCUGUGGAAAACAACAUUUUGUUCCGUACGGCUCCCACUUCAGGAUCAUGGGAGGUAUGAGCGCUCGCAAAGGCAGCUGGCCCUGGAUGGUUUCUCUAUAUUUUGUUCCAUUUCGCCAAUCCGUGUGUGGUGGAGUCCUUAUCGACAAGGUGUGGUUUCUCACAGCUGCUCACUGUUUUGAUCCACCACUGAAUACUGCAAAUGAGUUUAUGAUAAUUCGAUUGGGACUGCAUAAUGUAACUUCGUCACUGAUCAUGAGUGGAAACGCCGUUGAACAGCAAAGAAAAAUUCAACAAGUAUUUAAGUAUCCUGGAUACGGCACCAAUUUAAGUGUUCCGUUUGAUAAUGAUAUAGCAUUAGUCAAAUUAAAUUAUCCAGUAGAAACCACGAACUACGUACGUCCAAUCUGUUUGCAAAAUGAUAUUGAAACAAAUGAAAGUCGAUGCGUUGUGACAGGAUGGGGUAUAAAGAGAACCCCGAACGCUUCCAAUCCUGAUGAACCAGAUCCAAUGGCUUGGCCUGAUAAUCUACAACAAGCCUCAGUACCUACUAUCGAGUAUGAUGAGUGUAAAGCAAAAGAAGGAUAUAGGGAGAAACUUACACCAAAUAUGCUCUGUGCAGGAUAUCGGGAAGGACACGUGGAUACAUGCAAUGGAGAUAGUGGAGGUCCUCUUCAGUGCAUGAAAGAUGAUGUUUGGCACCUCACAGGCAUAACCAGUUGGGGAGGAAAGACGUACAGAGAAUGUGCAGAGGCGGAUCAGCCAGGCGUGUAUACCAAAGUCCUUAAUUACAGAGAAUGGAUAUUAACAACAAUAUACAACUAUACUCGUGCUUCUGGAUUUAUGCUAUUUUUGGCGAUUUUGGCCUUCGUAGUCUUCGACCCAGCUCUGGGAUCACUCCCUAACAACACAGGAUGUGGAGUGCCCCACUACAAACCGAUUUCACCCGUCAAAAGGGUUGUGGGAGGGGAACAGGUGGCCCCAAACAGCUGGCCAUGGACGGCGUUACUGAAGUUUGACGGUCAUUUGACGUGUGGUGGUACAGUGGUCAGGAAUAACAACAACACAUUGGUCAUAAUCACGUCAGCAGCCUGUGUGGACGGAACACUGUCAGAUGAAACAAGAUGGCAGGUUCGUCUUGGAGUAUUCAGUAGAGCCUCAGCUACCUUUGAGCCAUACUAUCAAGAGUUCCGAGUGAAGAAAAUCGUACAGCACCCCGGUUACCAACCAAGCACGUUCUCCAAUGAUAUCGCACUCAUGUUCGUGGACGGUGUCAUCCAAGAGACGGAGGGCGUCAGUCCGGCCUGUGUAACGAGGGAGAUGUAUACCCCCGGGGAAAACUGUGUUACACUUGGCUGGGGGGUCACCACUCAAGGUGGAGACACGACAGAUAGACUACAACAGGUCUUUAAACCGAUCCUUAGCGCGGACGUCUGUCUGCAGCAGCUGAGUGACCUGUUUAACAGAGUCACAAUGCUCUGUGCCGGGAGGGACGAGGGAGGGGCAGGUGCUUGCACUAGAGACACUGGCGGUCCCCUCCUUUGUAAAAGAAAUGAUGUCUGGUACCUGACUGGUAUUGUCAGUUGGGGAUUUGGCUGCGGUACUGCAGGAUUGCCACCCGUGUACACUCACGUGUUUGAAUAUGUCACUUCCGGCUGGCUCAGAACGGAAGGGGACAUUUAAUGUACAAUAACAGCAAAAUUUUGUAACUGAUUUUUUGUCUUUUAUUCCGUCUUUAUCAUCAGUACAUCAUAGUCUCGUAAAAUAUAAAAUAUAUUAAAAUUAAAGCAUGCGAGAAUAUGGAUU